AUGAUUCAACAACCCGUCCAAGACUUGUCUUCGCUCAACCGGAAAGGUUCUAUGCCAUCUCGUUCUUGCAAGGCCGAUGGCCACGGUGUAUCCGCCACGGUUUGUGCUAAUUGUUCUACCACUACCACUCCCUUGUGGCGAAGAGCGCCAAACGGAGAGACGAUUUGUAAUGCAUGUGGGCUUUACCUGAAAGCUCGCAACACGGUUCGACCACCUUGGUUAAAGCGCAACGCAAUCAAAAAAGCCACUCCUGCUAUUUCGGAAGCUCCUGUUAACAAUAGUGGUGGCACCUGCCCUGGUGAUGGGCACUGUGAUGGCACCGGAGGAUCAAGCUCCUGUGAUGGUUGUCCGGCUUACAACCAACAUCAAGUCAACCGUCAAGCUUUGGUUUGUGCAAAUUGUGGGACGAAUACCACUCCAUUGUGGCGCAGGGAUGAGGCCGGAAAUACGAUUUGUAAUGCUUGUGGCCUUUACUUCAAGUUACAUAAUGUUCAUCGACCUGUGACCAUGAAAAGGUCUGUAAUCAAGCGACGCAAGCGAGUUGCUUUAGCAACCUCACCCCCUCCGCAAGUUCACCAUUCAAAUGGUUCUGACAACGAACGUUCUCACAAGAGACCUCCUACUCCAGCAUCAACCUCCGGAUCUGAGCGUGGUUAUUUUUCCUCAGAUGAUGACAUUUGUUCAAUUGAGGAUUUGUCUUCCGUAAGUCGUAAGAGAAAGGCUGAUGAUUCGACGGUUUCUAAUGGUAAACGUCGAUGUGGAAACAAUGGCAGAGCAUCUGCAAUCGAAGAUCAUCAUUAUACCUCUAGGCGUAAUGAACGCCGCAGGAGUUUAUCUCCCGUUGAGCCUUCUUUGAAUUCUGGAAUGCCUCAGGUUCACAUUCACCAGAAUAACUCUUCUUAUGACGGCCAUAUCUUGGGAACACCAAACGUUCCAUUACCAUCUGUCUUUUCUGGUCAAUAUGGUAAUGACGGUUCGGCUCCGUCCCAAACCCAAAACUCGAGUUCAAUUUCUGCAUUGUUGAAUCCUAGCCCGGCAAACAAUGUUGGACCUCAAUUGGCUCCAAUCAAUUCUGGUCAACCUGCAACUACCGAAGUCACCGGCUCCCAAGGGAUGUCUAUGGGCUUGCCUGUCCCCAUGAACGCUCAUCAUCACUCAUCUCAACCAAUCCAAGGCGUCAUUCCACCCAUGGCCAAUUCAGUUCCUGAUCCCAAUCUUACCCAUCAGGUUUUACAAGCUCACCGUCAGGAAUUGCAACGUGAAGUUUCGCAUCUUAGUAUGCUGUUGAACAGGACUACUGCAAUUUUGGUUGGGUUAGACCAAGCCAUGGCUUCAAAUGCUGUAAAUCGUAGCGGUAUCGAUUCGUGUAUGACAUAUAGAUCCUCAACUGACAAUGGAUCUUUGCUUGGUAACAGCAGAAGUACUUACAACGUUGGCUUGCCAACUCCACCUGUCGUUUCCGUGGGACAAAAUUCAUACAUUCUCCCACCAUUGUCUCCGUCUUCAUCUUCUGAUAGCCAAGUUUCUCGUUAA